GCUCGGCGGCUGGACUGGACACAGCACAGCGCUUAUGGACAGUCGAUCGCGAUCGUCAGUUGCAUUCUGUGCUUCGGGUUGCGUGGAUGUACUGCAUCAAACGUUCCGAUCGUGUUGUUUUUCCAGCGUUGGUUCAUUUAUCGUCCGUUUCAUUCCUGCACGUGUAUAUGCGCUUUCGGUGUCUGUUCUUUGUCGCUUCCGAUUCGUUCGUCAGCCGCCGCCGUCGUCGUCGUCUGUUGAUCACGAUCAGUGUUUUCCAAUUCCUAAAACAAACAUAGAUAAUAACAGUUUCUGGGAGGAAAACAGUGUAGGAGAGUGAAAUAAAACACACAGUGGCAAACGGAAAAAGGGUUCUGCUCGGUGACGAGUUGUUCUGAUUGUGUUGUGCUUUGUGCUACCGUCGUCGUCGUCGGUUGAUUGGUUGAAUGGUUGCCUUGCCUGGUUAUUUUGUUUAGCGCAAUGUAUAACGCAAAGUUCGUGGCGUAAAAAUAAAACAAUCAUUACUGGUGUUGUGUUUAUUAGUGAUGGCAUGAAAUGCUUGCUCAUAACAGUGCACUGCACAAUGAUACACACACACACCGAGACAGACAUGGCAGCAGCAUUAACGCAACGGAAGAAGCGCGACGAGCGAGGUGCUCGCCUGCGGAGGUGUUUGUUCGCGUAGUAGGCUGCGCUCGGCUCGGCAUGUGAGCGCGUUCAUUCGUUCUAGCUAGAACAGGCCGCGUCCAGUUCAGCAGACCCGAGGAAGGUGCUGACAGGGUUGUGUUUUGUUACGUCGUUUUGGCAUCGUGGGUGGACGACGGCAACGCCUGCUGCGAUCGCGAUUGUUCAACCAAUACAAAAACCGUGCCCGAGGGCGAUCGGAGGCUAUUGUUCCCUACAGAUGUUUAUCUCAAGCUUUGUCGCACCGUGUUUUCGAUGAUCAAUUUGUUUCGUAUUGACGCUGGUGAAGUGAUUGACACCGACACAAAUGAGAGGAGAGAGUAAAUCAAGCUACCGGAAUUAUGUGUGCCUGAAGUCGAAUAUGCUCAUAAAGAACACAAUAAAAUAACAAUCGAGCAAAAGCGAACAAAAGUCGAAAGGUGAAGAAGAUCGGUCGAAAAGGGAGAGAAAAGAUUGAUCGCCCGCCCAUUCGUAUGUGUUUUAUUUUAUUUACCCACUUUGUCCGUUGAGAGUCGGAAGAAUUGAAUCAUCCAGUUUCCGAUAGAAAACAAAAACCUCAGGUGUUUGGGAGUAUGAAUUAGUCUGUAACCAUAUCAGAGGUUAGCCCAGCCCAGACGCAGCCACCGGCGAUUCAAGUACAUAAUUAUUAUGAUUUAGAUGUGCCUUAUUAAAUGAAAGUGAUUGCGCGCCGCAAUUAAGUGUUUAAGUAUCGUUCGUAUGUGUGUGUGCGUUCGUCUGUGUGACCGAUUACUAUCAUUUUCGGAACAUGGACGGCACCGAUCUGCAACGGUUCAGAGGAUUGUGAAAAAUCUCCGCCGAGACGAGAUAAAGCAAAAACAAACUAGCUACAAACAGAUUCAACGAUUAUCGAACAAUCUACGGCAGCAGCAGCAUCACGAAAAAAUGGAUAUCGAAUCGGACGGCUCCGAGCGAUGGGAGGAUUUUUUCGGUAGCAGUACCGAUUUAGCUCCCUCCCUGCUGGGCUAUUACGAUACGUUAGUGACCAAGGUAGGAGACGAGCCAUCGAACGGAAGCAGCAUAAUUUCCGGCGAAAAUCCGAGCGCCGCUAGCAACCACAAUCUGAACGCAACCUCAGUCAGUACCACCACCGUCUCCAGUCGAACGACAUCAACGUCAGUUAGUCAGCAAAAACUUCUACACUCCGAUAACGAAGUUAUCCAACAAAGUAGUGAAAAGUCGUUUCAAUCUAGUGUACUAAAGCUGCGAAGCGUUGGUCUGCCGAGGCCCACAAGACCAGCUCCCCACAUCCCAAAAUUCGGGGAUAAAUUUCGAAAUCUAUCCUCCAACGUCCAGAGGAUAUUGUCGAAUACGGAAACAGCCGUAGACGCAGAUCUGCUCGAGAUCAGUCGAGCACGACUUCCGCCGUCUACGUUCCACCGUAGCCAGCUACAAUCCGCAUCGUUCAGCACUAGUCGAUCGAUCUCGUCCGCAACGUCGACAAGGCUCGCUUGCAAAAACCUACCGCUGUCGAAGAACAUCACCAAAAUCACUCAAGCUUCUAGCUUCGGCAACGACUUAAUCCACAACCCACCCGGAAACGAACACCGCGACUCCAAUGGGAACUGUGAUACACCGAUCGAAGAGGAUGUCCCUAAACUGAGCUUCAUCCAACAACGAAUCAAAUCACUCACAUUCGCUUUGGUAGGUGACGUGGAACCACCAACCGAAUCCGAGAAAGAGAAAGAAACCCCGGAAACGGAACCAGUUCUGCGGAAUCCGCAGAAGUCCAUGGCAGCUGCUACCGAUGAUCAAAAUGCAUUCGUCGAAAACUGUGACGAAUCAGAGCAUCGGAACACCAUCGUGGAAACACGCAAUCCCUUCGUUAGCCUAGUUGUCACUGAACCCGGACUCGACAGUGAUAACCCAGAUUCGGAAGAUCGUCGUAAGCUAGCCUACGCUCGUGUGCAGCUACUCAAUGCUCGAUCACUGAUGGGAUCACCUAAGCUACCCAGAUCCAGUGCAAGUGGCUUUCAGACACCUUCUUCGACGUCUACGUCGACGCCCAGCUUGGAUACAACCAGCUCAGCGUCACUAUCAUCCAGCAAGGCUUCCCUAACGCAGACCCCGGGAACACCCAUUCUAAGCACCCGACCACUGUCAGCAUCUUCGAUCUGUUCUUACUCGUCCAGCAGUAGUUCCGGAUCCGAUACUCUGCUUCUAGUCAACAGCAAGUGCUGCGGAGCUCCCUCCUAUCAGGCAAGCGUGGAAAGCCUAGCCGAUCAAAGCGAGUGCGAACAGAACGGUAGCACGAGCGGCCUGACCAUGUGCGAGCGGGCCGUAAUGGAGAUUAUCGACUCCGAACGGAGCUACGUCGAGGAUUUGGGGCAGAUUAUUAAAGGCUACCUACAAGAUUGGAAGGAGAGAGCUUGUCUCAAAGUCGACGAACUUGAAGUACUCUUCAGCAACAUCCAGGAAAUCUGGGACUUCAACAGUCGACUUCUGGCCAGCCUUGAUGAAACCAAAGGCGAUCCGGUCAAAAUUUCCGGCUGCUUCAUUGACCUCCACGACAACUUUGACUGCUACACCACCUACUGCACCCGCUACCCGGAGGCGAUCGCCCUGCUGACCAGUCUACUCCAGGCAACCCACACCAAUGCCCUUCUCAUUCAAACGCAGAAGAUGCUAAACCAUACCCUUCCGCUAGGAUCGUAUCUUCUAAAGCCCGUGCAACGGAUCCUGAAGUACCAUCUGCUGCUCGAUAAUUUGCGGAAGCACUGCGACGAUAAACAGGUCGCACAUGCCCACGAGUUGAUGAAGAAUGUUGCCCACAACAUCGAUCAGGUGAAGAAAAAACUGGAGCAACAGAGCCGCGUUAAGGAACUGGCCGGCAUAGUUGAUGGCUGGUUGGGUCCGGAUUUGUCCGUUCUUGGUGAGCUGCGCCAGGAGGGAUUACUGAGCGAGCAGACGAAGACCCGGGUCGUGCUGCUGUUUCAAACGAUGCUCAUCAUUACCAAGCCGAAGGAGGAUAAGCGGCUGCAGUUCCGCGCCUAUAUUCCGUGCAAGAACCUUAUGCUGGUGGAACACCUACCGGGCGAGCCGACCAGCUUCAACGUAAUCCCGUACAACGACCCGAAAGGACAGAUCAGACUAACGGCACGAACCCGGGACCAGAAGCGCCUCUGGACUCAGCAGAUCAAACAGGCCAUGCUCGAGCACUUUGAUAUUCCGGAUCGAGCCAGAGAGCUGGUCCUGCAAUUGGGCGAAGAAGAUGAUCGCAUCACCGACAAGAAUGCCAGCUGGAAGUGGCCUACGAACCAUCCCUCGACGCCAGAGUACCUGGAACGACGGCAGCAGUUUCGUCGCAGCGAGAUGCGAAUGCGGUCGAAGAAGAUGCGCAAAAAUACGGCCAGCAGUAUCUCGCUGGAUGGUAUUUCGCCUAAGGACGUGAAACAACCGACCUUUCAGUCGUACUCGAAACCACUGGAGCAGACGGUGGAGGGUGAGGUGGAUGUCUGUAAAUGCGAUGCCGUUAAGAAGGAACUGGAACAGAAGCAGCUCAAGAAUAGAAGCCGAUCGGAGACUAGGUUAAUGGAGGAGAAGAAAAUGAUAAAGUUAAGCGAUGAGGAAGCUUUUGCCAAGGCGAUGCAGGAGCGAAACCGGUUCGCGACGCAGGGCAGAAAGAAGACGAAGGAGAGUUUCGUUGAUAUCAAGUCGUACAAUUCGACGACGAUACCGAAGCGGAUAGCGAAUAUGCGCAAGACCAGAUCCAAAACGUUGACGGGUAAUUCUACGUUCUACACGGAUAUUGAGCUUGGGGAUGGUAGCGAUGAUACUACGGUAUUGAAGAUUACAGAAUCGACGGACAAUUUGAGCUUGGACAGCGGAGGUUUAGGUGGAGUGAAGGCUGAUGAAAGCACGGGCAAAAAUGAGGAUGGGUGUUCGAAAAAAGAUUCUGAAAUCAUUUCCCAGCUGGUUUUGGAGAAAAAUGAAUUCCGGAAGUUAAGUAGACCACCGAAAAAGAAGUCUUUUGGCUCGAUGCGAUCAUUAUCUUGUAACAGUCAGGACGAGGACGGUGAAGUAGAACCGAAGGAAAGCGUGGACAUUCCUGAACCGCCAUGUACAGAGCCUCCGAAGGAAGAUGAAGAAGAGGAAGAGUUCCGAAAGGUAGAUGAGCUGAAUAAGAAAUCAGAAGAUCUCCUGAAUCGAUUGAAUGAUAUUCAAAAUGAUCUGCCAUCACCGGAACCGAUCUACGAAUCGCUGUUGAGAAACGUUCAUGUACCAUACAAAUACGCUCCGCCACUGACCAGAUCAAUAUCGCAGCAGUAUGGAAAAGCUUUGGAGUCUUUGAGGACGAAUGCCGCAACAAAGAAAUCCAGACCGGAAUCGGAUUACGUGACCCUCGCCUAUUCCGAAAAUGGUUUGGUCAAUAUUGAUGGGCACAGUGUCGUUCCGAAGUCCGCCGUGACACAACUGCGUAAUAGUGACACUAACAUAAAUUACCACUAUCCCUGGCGAAAGGAGGAAGAUUCCGGACCAGUGCAGGACACACAAUCCGAAAUCGUAACCCUAACCAGCGAUGGCCCGGUGAAGCCGCUCGAACGACAGGGAAGUCUUAGCAUCAAGUCACCAAAGAACCUGCUCCAAAGAUUCAUCAGUCUACACUCGUCACCGUCGACCGGAAGUUGUGACAGCAAUCUUCAUCAGCGUAAAGUUUCCAAUCCGGAUGAAUCGGCGCCGAUCUACAAGCAAGGCAGUCUGGACCUAGGUUCGCGAAUUGCCAAUCUAGAUUACGCCGAUCCUAGAACCCUGUUCCCUCAAGCCAUAAACUCCCAGCACCAGCCGAAUAUCUUCAUCAAUCGAGCUUCGAUGAAAGCUGUGCCGACCGAUCUCGAGCAAAGGGAUUCAAUCUUUUCGCUUAAUUCCUCCAGCGAUAGCGUCUGCGGUACGCGAACCGAGCUAGACGAAGAAACAUGCGGAUUCUAUGAGAAAUCUGUAGAAGAAUGCUUAGAAAACGACGAUUUCCGAGACUCAGCAGUAUACAGCGGGGACGACAACGACCGCCGGCAGGAUCUAGACGAACAGGCCAUCUACGAAUCGAUUGGCGAAAUCGGUCACUGUCAACUGCUCAAACUACCGCAGCCACAAGUAGUGCGAUCUUCUUCAUCCGCUUCGAGCAGUUCGGGAGGACUUCCGCCUCCCGUUCCGAUUAAACCGGCUCACCUAGAGCAACGCAGGCCACUACAACUAAAGGCGAGACCAACGGUUCCUCCGCCACCGUUGCCAACAACAGGGGAACCGACCCAACACCCGCCAGCCCCAAAAGGAUGGGUUCUUCAGCAGGUUAAAAGAUUUCAAUAACACAGCAGACUGAUUGGAUGUGCCUUACUGGUGGGAUUUUACUGCAUUACGAAGCUGAUCAACCGUUUCAACCGAAAGCGAAUGGUUUCCUUGUUAGUGUGCGUGCGUUUUACAUGUUUUAGUGAUAAAACCCCAACGUUUAGUCGCAAUACUUGGAGGGGGGCUAUCCCGUGUACCCUUUCCCAAAUAAUGUAAAGUUUGUUUUUAUCAAUCGAUUGUAUUUAUUUGUCAUAGAUCUAUUUAUACGAUUAAUCAUCUUUUAGUCUAAUUUACUAACCCCUAUUAGGAUGUAAGGCUGAAAGCAAAGUUAGCGGAUAAGUCGCAUUUUAAUUAAAUCAAGUAGAAUGAACAUUUGCGCCAUAUUUACAAGCAAUAGAUUUCGAUUUUGUGGUGUCCUGCAAAGCUCUACUUCAUUUAAUGUUUAGUUGCAAUUUUUAACCACUGUUAAGCAAUACAAUGAAAAUUUUAGUUUA